GUAUAAAACCCUCGAUAAACCUCUCAGUCACAGUGCUAACAGCAGCAUUUGGAAGAAGAAGAAUGUCAAGUUCAAAGCUCGCACUGUACGGAACCUCACUGUUCCGUAUCCCUCGAAUUCAAACUCUAACUACCACCAAACUCAAUCAUCAUUUACUCUUCCUCAAACCCAUACCACCACUCCGCCGCCACGAUUCUUUCUUCUUCUCCUCCUCAUCCUCCUCCUCUUCUUCCUCCGCCGCCGCUGCAGAAACUCUAUCUUCCGUCAACCAUCCUUGGCCUGAAUGGAUCUCAUUCGUUGACCGGUUGACCACCAAAGGCUAUAUCUCUAAAACAACUGAGGAUGAUAGUGUUUACUCCAACAUCAAUCUCUUGAAGGAUCCUUCUCUUAGCUUCGCUCGUGACCGUUAUGACCUUUUCAAAUUGCUGCCAUUGGAAGAUAUUCAAGCAGUUGUUGAAGGAGGAUGUCCUAAUCUUCUCCGUAAAUCUGUUAAUUCGGCUAAACGGCUAAGAGCUCAUCUGCGAUUAGAUGAAGGAGAUGUUUGUAGUGCUUGCAAUCUGCGAGACUCAUGUGACAGAGCUUAUGUGAUUGUAAAGGAAUCUGAAGCCGAUGCCCGAACUGUGGAUAUAGUGCGGAUACUUUUGUACUAUGCAAUAGAUCCACUUGUUCUUUCUGGAGGAGAGAAACCACCAGGCCGAGAAGUUAUCGAAACAUCUGCGAGAAAACUUCUAUCUCAGCUGAUAGAGUUGAGUGAGUCAUCUCCGGCUCCUGCUCCUCUUCCUGCUCCUGCUCCUGGUCGUUCAAAGUCCACUGCACAGGAUGCUGUUGGAAAAGUCCAACCUCUAAGUUUUAGGGCUACUAUGAUGUCUAACCAUGUUGAGAUGAAGAAAGGUGACUGGAUGUGUCCAAAAUGCAAUUUUAUGAACUUUUCUAGGAAUAUCCAAUGCUUAAAUUGUAAGGAUGAUAAGCCGAAGGAUAUUAACCCUCCUAUGGAAAUGAAGGAAGGAGAUUGGACCUGUCCCGAAUGUAGCUUUUUAAAUUUUUCCAGAAACAUAAGGUGUUUGAAAUGCAAAGCAGAUGGGCCCAAGAGCGUCGACAACACGAAUGAGUUUCAAAAGAAAAAAGGAGAUUGGACAUGUCCACAGUGUGGGUUCAUGAACUUUGCUAGUAAUGUCAAGUGUUUGCAGUGUCCUGAGUUAAGGCCCAAGAAAAAUCCUGGGGAUUGGAGUUGUCCUAAGUGUGAUUUCAUGAAUUUUGCGAGUAAAGUCAAGUGUUUCCGUUGCGAAGAGCCAAACCCGAGUCCCAAGAAAUAUCCUGGUGAUUGGAGUUGUCCAAAAUGUGAUUUCUAUAACUAUGCAAGAAAUACGAGUUGCCUAAAGUGCAAUACUAAACAUCAGAAAGUACAACCAACCAGCGAGGAUGAAGAACAUAUUUGGAGGAGACGAAACUGAUUAAGAGUAAAUCAUCAGGCUUAAUGUUACGAAUGUGGUUUUGGUUGUAAAAAAUAUUUGUUACAAAUUCAUUCUGCAUCCAAUUUUUUUUCUCAUACUUUAAAUUAAUGUCGAAUUAAUAGCUUCUCAUUUUUGGAAAUAACACAUUCACAACCAUUAGUUAAUGUGUUUUGUACACAAACUAAUAAUGUAUGACCCAUGCCACACGACAUAAAGUGAAAGACCUGAAAUUUUGUUCAAAAGU